AUGCGUCUUCUAUCUAUAUUGGUCGCAUCGACCCUGCUUCCUCUUAUCUCCGCCGUCCCCGCUGGUUCAAGCAUCACCCCACCGCCGCCCCUGCUACCUGUCCGCCAAACUCAUUACCCACGUCCAUGGGCACGAUUCCGCGACUGGGUAAUUGGCGCGAUAUGGGAUAUUGAUCACAAACACUGCUCUAAACAUUCAUCGCCACCACCCAAUAUUCACGAUCGGUAUGGCAGUGAUGUUGUCCUCCGGUUCCAUUUGAGCGAGCCGGACGAGGCAGAAGCAUUAGCCUCCGCCUCGCAUGUGCUGUUUUUGGACAUUUGGGCCAUAACCUCGAAGUUCGUAGAUAUUAGACUUGCAGAUGAUAUGAUCCCCUCCUUGUUGGACCUACUACCUUCCACACUCCGCACCUCCUACACUCCCCUCAUGGACAACCUCGCCGACAAUAUAUACGCUUCUUACCCUUCCGGCCACCGUAGCAAUUCCGACUUCCGAUCAGGGACUGCAUCGGGUGAACUGAAGACGAUAUCGAACGGCGACCUAUUCUUCCAAGAAUACCAGCCGCUCAACGUCAUCACGCAAUGGAUGCGCUUGAUGGCAUCAAUGUUCUCCUCACACGUACGGAUGAUCAGCGUGGGAGUCACAUACGAGGGUCGCGAGAUCCCCGCAUUGAAAGUCGGCAUCUCUCCCGACCCAGAACGCACAUCGGGCCCACGCAAGACAAUCGUCAUCGUCGGCGGUACUCACGCCAGGGAAUGGAUCAGUACCUCCACGGUAACAUAUGUCGCAUACAGCCUCAUCACCCAUUACGGCUAUUCACCCGCAGUAACACGGUUGCUGCACGAGUACGACUGGAUUUUAAUACCAACCCUCAAUCCCGACGGAUACGUCUACUCGUGGGAAUCAGACCGUCUGUGGCGCAAGAACCGCCAGCCAACGGGUCUUCCAUUGUGCCCGGGAAUUGAUCUAGACCGCGCCUGGGAAUAUGAGUGGGACGGCGAGUCGACUCGCUCGAACCCGUGCUCAGAGACCUACGCCGGUGCGGAGCCUUUCGAAGCACUUGAAUCGCAGCGCCUGGCGCAGUGGGCUCAAAAUGAGACGUUGCAUGGCCGCGCUGAGAUCGUAGGCUUCAUCGACCUACACUCCUACUCCCAGCAGAUUCUAUACCCUUACUCAUACAGCUGCUCCUCCGUGCCCCCCACCCUCGAGAGUCUCGAGGAGCUAGCGUUGGGUCUCGCCAAGGCAAUCCGUCAGACAUCCCAUGAAUCAUAUGACGUUACUUCGGCGUGCGAGGGGAUUCUCAGCCAGGGUGCGGCUGCUGGGAUUACCUCGGGUGGCAGCGCUUUGGAUUGGUUCUACCAUAACCUGCACAUCAGGUUCUCGUACCAGAUCAAACUGCGCGACCGCGGCAGUUACGGGUUCCUUUUGCCUUCGGAGCACAUUGUUCCCACAGGCAAAGAGAUUUUCCAUGCUCUGUUGACAUUCGGCAAGUUUGUCUGGGGCGAGGAGGCAUCGGAUAUCAGCUUUGCGGAUUUGAUCGGUGAUCAGAUACCCCUAUCCGAUAACCUGUAG